AUACAUAUAUCGAUAGAAUAUCAACAAGCCCAACAAGCGGCAGGGGCUCUGCACGAAAAUAGUUAUUUACGUUUUUUAAAUUUAAGUAGACUGGAUUGCUUUCAUACAUUCAGAAUAUAAUAAAAAUGGGGGUUAUUCUAUCCAAAUUUCGGAAAGAAAAGUCCACAACUGCUGUGCUGGAGGGACUGCAAUUGCAAAUCCAGGAACUAGAGAAAUAUGUGAUCAAUACGCAGGAACGUAAAAGACGCUUCGUCACCAACUUUGUUGGCUUCACAAUUGGCGCUUACAUUGUUGGCUUUGCGCUAUUUUAUUUCUUCUAUUUCCCGCCAACAAUGAAUGAGCGGAUCAUGUAUUUGGUGCCGCUGCUGCUCUUUCCACUGCUUAUUGUGUUCUUGCGUCAAAUGUUUACGUGGUAUUUUCAGCGCAAGCUUAACAAAAAUGGCGAUAAGCUGGAGCAACUGAAGCAACAGAAGAACAAGAUAUUAGAGCAGGUCAUGGACAAAGAGACAUACAAGGUCGCAGUAAAACUUCUUGAGCGCUAUGGCGAUAGGCAACAGAAUCGCAUGUUGGCCACCACAGUUCGCAGCACUCCUAGCGUCACAUCACUGAAUCGCACAUCCACAGCGCUGCAGCGCACACCCCAAGCAGCAGCAGCGUCAGCUGCCACACAGCAGCAACAGCAGCGGGUGUUAACACCAUAUUCGAGUGUCUACCGCAACAUGAACAACAAUCUAAAUAGCAGCGUCAUGGGCGUCAUGCAAACACAAUUGGCGACUGUGACGCCGCAAGUGCGCACUGGCCAGGAGCUGCGCAAGCGCACGCCCUUUCCCGUUGUCGAUGAGAGCGCACGCAGCGCCUUAGAUCGCAUUGUGGACUUUAUUGUGGGCGACAGUCCACAGAAUCGCUUUGGCAUGAUAUGCAAGGAGUGCCACAGGCAUAAUGGCAUGCUGCCUGUGGAGGAAUAUGAAUAUACAACUUUUGUUUGCGCUUUUUGUGGUGUGCUAAAUCCGGCACGCAAGGAACGACCAGUGGCGCCACGCCUCAGCUUGGAGGCCGCGCAACCGGAGACGCCACACUCGGCAUGGAUGCGCAAUGAUAGCUCCGACAGUGAUUCAUCGGACGAAGAAGAUGAAGAAUUUGAUAAAAAGCAUUUAGUGCGUCGCGUGCUGCACGAAGACUUGCCAAUGACUGAUACCAAAGCUGAUGCUGAAGCUAAUACUGAUGGCACAACAACAACGACUGCAAUGAAAGUUGAGGAGACUGAAAAUGAAACUGUUGCCAGCGAGACUGAAGCAAAAGAAUAGUUUCGAUUUAGAUCCAUUCAGCUCUCAAAAGUGCGGCAUGAACAGGUUUUAGACUUCGCAAAGCGUUGGCUUUAAAUAAAGCAAUUUAUUUAUGCAUAUUAUGCUUAGAGUUAAAUUUAAACUUAUUAUAAAAUAACACGUUGUUGGUAAGCAACUACAUUUUAAAAUAUUUGUUCAAUUUUAGUCACUAAAAACCCCAACUCACUAAUUUAAAUCUUAUCAAGAAUUUUUGAAUAGUUGUUGAGCAUGUCUUGAAAAUGCAGAAUGUAAAUUAAAAACCAGCUUGAAUAUGCAAA